CCUCUUUUUUUCCGCCAACACGAGAACCGAGUUCCCCGACCCAGGAACAAGAAGGAAGCGUCUAGAAGCCGCGGGUGAUACCUGUUCGCUGCAAAUUAUCAGCAGCUCCACGCAGCCGAUCAAACCGGAACUUUUCUGGAAAGAGUAAAGCGAGAAAGAGAGAGCGUGAGAGAGUCUCCGGCGAUCGAGAAGUCGGCGACCGAUUCGAUCGAAGAAAUGGCGGAGCACUUGGCGUCGAUUUUCGGGACGGAGAAGGACAGGGUGAAUUGCCCCUUCUACUUCAAGAUCGGAGCUUGCCGCCAUGGCGACCGCUGCUCCAGGCUCCACACCAAGCCCAGCGUCAGCCCCACCAUUCUACUCUCCAACAUGUACCAGCGCCCUGACAUGAUCACCCCAGGCGUCGACGCCCAGGGAAACCCUAUCGAUCCCCGCAAAAUCCAGCAACACUUUGAGGACUUCUAUGAAGAUCUGUUUGAGGAGUUGCACAAGUAUGGAGAGAUUGACAGCCUGAAUGUUUGCGACAACCUUGCUGACCACAUGGUGGGAAACGUUUAUGUUCAGUUCAGGGAGGAAGAACAGGCUGCUACUGCCUUACGCAAACUGACUGGAAGAUUUUAUGCUGGCCGCCCCAUCAUUGUGGACUUCUCCCCAGUUACAGACUUCCGAGAGGCUACCUGCAGGCAAUAUGAGGAGAACACAUGCAACCGUGGUGGUUAUUGUAAUUUUAUGCAUCUUAAGAGGAUUGGCAGGGAGUUGAGACGGCAAUUGUACGGGAGCUACAGAAGCAGGCAUAGUCGUAGCAGGAGCAGAAGUAGGAGCCCCUACAGGCAUAGAAGCCAUGAAGAUCAUCACCAUAGGAGUAGUAGAAGAUAUGACGAUGAAAGAGAGCGGUAUCAUGAGAGCCGGAGUAGAAGGAACAAGACCACCAGCCCUGAUCACUGGAGGGAUCGAAGUAGAAGUCCAGGAAGAGGGAAACGUGACAACCGAAGCCCUGUUAGGGAAGGUAGUGAAGAGAGAAGGGCCAGAAUCGAACAGUGGAACAGGGAAAGGGAAAAUGGAUCGAGAACUGAUGGUAAUACUGAUUCUGGAUACCAGGAGCAGGAUUCACGCAAAGAAGUGGAGUAUGGCAAUUGAGUAUCUCUGGUUUGUAUCUCUUCCUUGGCAUUAUUUGAUCUUGUGUUUUUUUUCUGAGUGGAAAUUGAGCAUUUUCGACUGUGCAGGUGAUUUUGCAGGUUUCACAGUUCUGUUACUCUGCCAUAAUGGAACAUAUUUGCUGCUCAAAAUUGCAUUUCAUAGUGUUUAACCGUGUGAUAACACUUAACAUUCAUUUAACAUUCAUUUGUGCUUGUUAUUCUGUCAUAAUGGAACAUAUUUGCAGUCUCCACUUGCAUGUUUGCAUUCUAUGUAUGCAUUCAUUACAGUGAAGGAACUCUCUGAACAACGUUGUAAUGAGGCUAGUAGCUAGAGAACGCAUUCAGAAUCUGCAGUCCUACAUUCGAUUUUUGUCUUGUGAACUUCCUCAGUCCUCAGUCAAAUCCUUUGUGUCUUUCAGCAUUACACGGAGAAAAUACUGGACGUGUGUGAUCAUGAGUUUUUGCAGGUUUCAAGCAUUCCUGCUUCUCCUAACCAUACCUUGUUUUGUUGAAUAACCUCCUACGAUCAUAUUUGUUUACAGGUGGUUUUGAUUGGAGGUGUUGGCUGGAGUGAAUCACAUUCACGCGAGGAACGGGUUAUAGAUUUGACGACUGACUAGUUUGACCCAAUGUUGCAGCCUGCAGGGGAAGUCUGGGACUGUUGGAAUCUCUUCUUUUAGGACGCACUACUUCGCGGUUUCCUUUGUUCUUUCAUGGGUUUCCAUCUAGGAACUUUAGUAUUGUUUUGGUUUUCUUCCUCCCAAAUGUAACUGGAUUGGACGUUUGCCCGUUUGGACUUUGCUGACAAUUAUUUUCGUUGUAUAAUCCUCUUGAAGUAAUGAACAUAUGUCUGUCC